AGGAGGAAAGACGCAGCGAUCAAAAACUACACGGAUUUGGCAAAUUCCGUUGACGCCAAAAAUAACAGCGUCCAAUUACCUUCAUUCUCUCUCCUCUGCGUCUCUCUUCUGCGUCUCUCCUCUGCAUUUAAAAACUAAUUCCGUUCAAUUUUCUUCCCUCUUUCUCUUUAGAAUAGGUGUCGCAGCCGCUGGUCGUGCGUUAAUGAAAAGAACAUGGCUAUUGAAGUAUGCUAUAGAGAACCUAUGAACAUGCAACAAAAGAUUAUUAUGUAAAUAUACUUAAAAGUUACGAGAAUGGGAGAGAAGUGAUUUGGAUGAUAGGAAAUAAUCAGUUAAAAACACUUUUGACAAAUACAAAUGAUCGAUUAUUCACCUAAAUUAUUCUAUCUGAAAAGAAAUGUUUGAAGAAUGAUAUUUUACUUGUGUAACAAGAAAAGAAUCCAACAAUUUUGUUUCAGAAUAAGCCCCUGAAAACCUAGCGUACUAUAGACAAUUAAACGGAGGCCCAAUACAAGCCCAUUGUUGGGAAUAAAAUUGAUUAAAUGUUAAUUAAGUUUUUAAUUAAGGAAAUGAAACUUUAUAUAUAUUUAUUUAUAAUUUUAUAUACGACUUUCUACACUUUCCCACCAGACCACCUUGCCUUAACUAGUAAGCACUGCGUUGAUCUCAGACUCCUCGGAAUUACAUCUCUAACAUCCACCUCCUCGAUGUCGAUGGAACCGACUCAAUCGCCGCCGUCGGAGACGGAGGUUCACUCCAGCGAGGACUUCGUUCACGGCGAAGAAGACUCCAAGCCUACCGGCGACAUGUCGUCAAGCGAGAGCAUAGUGAAUGUGGAGAAGGAGGACCUGCUCGACGACGACGCGGUGGUGGAGGAAGCACACGACGACUCCGAUUCCGUGGUUAGCGGCGGCGAUGCACCAGCAGCUGGUGAUGAUGGAGAUGGUGAGUGCUCACCGGAGGUGUUGGAGCUACUGGAGGAGUUGGUGAAAAGCGGUGCGAUGCUGACGUGCGAUUCCACUGCCGAAACCGGAUCUUGCUAUGUGUUGUUGAUCGGUACUUCUCAUGUAUCAGAGGAAUCUUGUCGAGUAGUUAAAGCAGUGAUCAGCUACUUGAAACCUGAGGCUGUCCUCGUGGAGUUGUGCUCAAGCAGAGUAUCUCUCCUUCAACCGCAGACUCUCAAGAUUCCAACCAUGUGGGAAAUGAUUGAAAGUUUGAAGCAGAAACAGAACAUAUUUGGAAUACUUUAUGAGUGGUUUCUUGCAAAGAUUGCCAGUGAGUUUGGGGUUUUUCCUGGUUCUGAGUUUCGUGUGGCCUAUGAAGAGGCUUGUAAGUAUGGGGGAAAGGUGAUGCUUGUUGAUCGUCCCAUACAGAUCACGCUAAAAAGAACAUGGGCCAAGAUGCCUCUGUGGCACAAGGUAAAGUUUGUAUACACCUUGAUGUUUCAAGAUGUCUUUUUGCCAAGCUCUGAAGAACACGGCAAAAGGCCGCAAGAAAUGGAAACUGCCGAUUCGAUGACUCUGUUGAUCGAAGAACUGAGCAAGGAGUUUCCAUCCCUCAUAGAAACACUUGUGUAUGAGCGAGACCGGUACAUGGCAACCGCUUUGCUGGAUAUUGCAAGUGGGUGCAACUUGGUUGUGGCAGUUAUCGGUAAUGGGCAUAUUAAUGGAAUCAAGAAGAAUUGGAAACAACCUGUAUCGAUAGAGGAUCUUAUGGAGAUACCAGGCGAUGGGUCAGUGUUUACAGUGAAGAGGAUAGUAUCAUCAGUGGCGAUUGCAGUAGCAGGAACAGCUAUAUUUACUGGCAUACUUCUUGCAAGAAGAAGAUGAAGUAGACUGUGAUGAGGGCAGAGUUUUUUCUCUUCAUUCUACUGAGUGAGUGAGCCCUACAAAGGAAUGAUACAAACUUUAUACCAUAAUGGUUAUAUUUCCACAUAAUAAUUUCUCUUUUUCUGUCGGCUGAUACAAUGGUUAUGUUUCACAUAAUAACUUCUUUAAUUCUUUUGGAUC